GGUCUUGACGGGCGUGACGUUCUCAGACAGACGGGCUGUAACGGUGGACGGUGACUCUGCUGCAGUUUAACUUAUCUAAACAUUUAUUCCCCCCCGUGUUGUUGUUUAUUUAUCACCGGCGCCGUUUCACCGUCAACAUGUCGCACACCGUCGUCACGACAACAACAACAACGACCAGGGCGUCCGGUGACGGUAUCGUGAACAUGGGCUACACCCGGACCAUCCCGGGACUGCUGAAGAUAGGACAGAUGCUCGCCCUGCUCGUCGCCUUCCUGUGCGUCCACCUGGUUCGGGGUUGGCCCAGCUGGGCCGCCUUCCAGUUUUUUGAGGUGGUGACGCUGUGGUUCCUCAUCGCCCUCAUCAUCUUCUUCCUCAUGCAUCUCUUCAGGCUGCAGGGAAAGAUGCCCUGCAUCAACUGGCCGCUGACGGAGUUCUUUCAUUACUCUGUCGGGACCAUCCUCAUCUUCAUCGCCUCCAUCGUCGCUGCUGUGAAGGCCACAGGAGUUUCAGCGCUGGUGGCUGCAUCGGUAUUUGGGUUCAUAGCGACGUUCCUGAUGGCCGUUAGUUUGUGGACAUCCUACAGUGUGACCUGUGGCCCUCAUCAGACUGGUGCAGCAGUGUAAUCAGCGAUCCAUCGUGAAGGAACCAGAUGUCGACAGUUUGCUGUGUUCUGGCUUAUCUUUCUGCAGAGCGAAGCGCCUGGAUAAGAUAACUUGAUUUGAUUAUAAUUCUUUACUGCAGAGGUAAUUGGAACAGCUGAUCCAGGACCAGCCAUCGUUUUCAGCAUCUGAGACAUAAAUAUCCUCCGAUCAUCACAGUAAAAACCCUGAGAGGACAGUAGUGAACAGCUUUACUCAUUUAUCAUUGAAUCCUAAAGUCACAUGUUCGUGUUAAAGGUGCUCGGUGUCACAUUUUAACCUUCUAUAUAUCAGUAACACAUUCGAUGGAUCUGUAUCAACAAAUGAGUGUGUGGUGCAAACAAUCAGUCAUCUGUUGUCAUUUCCCAUGAUCCCUGCUGCUUCCCGCACCGACUUUACCUCCCCGAAAAGGUCGCCAUUUUGGUUUUAUAGGGAUUUUUUUGUUUGUUUUUUGUUUGCUAAGUUUUCCUCUACUUCCACCAUCUGCUGUCAAAGAUUUAGAGAAGCUUUUUGUAAAAGUUUAAGCUGUGUUAGCUCUGAAGGAACAGAGCCCUCUUCCUGUUGUGUGCCAUAAAAAGACAUUCAGACGAUUUCCCUUCCCAAAAACAGCCAGUCACGCAGAUCUGCGUGCCUUUGUAGCAUCUCCUCUGUGGUUUACAGUAGCUUAAAGCUUGAUUUGCUUUGAUUGGUGAUCAAACGUCUCAUCCAUUCCUACUUUUUUUAUUCCACUCAGAGCUCAAGCAGUCUGGACCACGGAUGUAUUAAACUCUUUUUAACUAAAUCACUUUUCUUAAAUGCCCAGCAAUGAAAUGAUGCACAGUAUAUAGCCCUGUUAGCCUGCUAUGCUAAUUUUUGCUAGCACACUAAAAUAUCAAAAUGCAAAAAUUGUCAUUAUUCUAGGGUGCUAACAAACAUUAACAAGCUAAUAUUUUUACAGAAAACAACUUGCAUGCUAAUGACUUUGUUAGCAUGCUAAAACACUUCUCAGGGCUUAAUACUUAUGUGUGCUAAAACAAUAGCAUGCUAAGAAUUUAUGUGAAUUGAAUCAAGGAAAACAUUAGCAUGCUAACAAUGCAAACAAACACAUGAAAAAGUGCUGCAUCUCUGUGUAAUUAAAAGAAGGCUGGUGAUUAUCAACAAAUCCAUACAUGCAGAACCAAACCAACUGAAUUGAUCAGCUAACAAGUUUGUCUGAAACAAAUGUAGAUUAAUCCGCCGCUGAAAAUAGUCCCCAAAUAUUUCCUCCUGUUUUAGGAAACAACUGAGUCUUUUUAAACAUGAAACUAUAUAUUUAUGAGGUCUUUGUAAAGAUUUACGUCUUCAGGAGGAACCAAAGGGCUCGGAGCUGAGAGCCACAGAAGGGACGUCAGAAAGAGACGGACCGACAUGUUGAUGUUUUGAGUCUGAACAAGAGAUUUUUUGGACAAAAAAAAGUAGAAUAGCACCGGUGAUUUCCUUCAAACAGUAAUCUCACUACUGUUUUAAAAAAUAAUGUGCAUAAUAGUGAACCAAGCCUUUCUGGAUCUGGGUGGUGCAGUAACACCCAUGAAGCAUCACAUUAACGUCCCACCGUCAGAGAACAGUCAACACGCUAAUCAAUUUGCUGUUAACUUCAGCAGCUGUGUCUGACUCUGCAGCAUUUAUUACAGUUUCAUUACAACAUGCUGUCCAGUAUUUCCUCACAGACAGCACAUGCAGGACUGUCCUUGGUGCUUUUAAACAAAACAACCAUUUGAAUUUCAAAUCUGAAUUUCAUGCACGCAGAAAGCACAUCAAUUACAGUUUGAAAUUAUGCCAAAAAAGAGAGCGCCGUGUCAACAUUAUAAUAAAGUGAUUAGGGUUUCUGUUGAGCCUGUAAGGGGGUCGUAUGGUGGAGAAAACUAGUGGUGUUGCAAUCUGUUUGCACAGAUUAAUAGAUUUAUUGCAUACAUUAAAAAAGUGCACUGAUCAGUAAAGUAUGUAAUAAAGCAAAUAAUGAGCGAAUAAAAAAACACAUAGAUAUUAUGAAUUAUAAAGAAUACAUACACACGUUUUAAUGAAAUGUACACACUAGGGCUGCAACUAACGAUUAUUUUCAUUGACUUAUCUGCCGACUACUUUCACGAUUAAUCGACUAAUCGUUAAGUCUAUAAAAUGUCAAGAAAUUGUGAAAAAUGCUCAUCACAAUUUUCCAGAGCCCUAAGCGCCGUCUUCAAAUUGCUUCUUUGGUCCAACCAACAGUCCAAAACCGAAAGACUCUUCAUUUACUAUCAUAAAGAAUAGCAGCAAUUCCUCAAUUUAAGAAGAUGAAACCAGCAAAUUUUUCACAUUUUUGCUUAAAAAAUGCCUGAAACGAUUUAUCGAUUAUGAAAAGAGGUGUCGAUUAAUUUUCUUUCAACCGACUUAUCGAAUAAUCGACUAAUCGUUGUGGCGCUAGUACACGCAGAUCAGAAACAUUUACACAAACAUGUACGGAUUAAUAAAAGUCACACAUGCACACACAACUUACAUAAUGAAUGUAAAUGCAUAUAUAUAUAUAUAUAUAAGCUGUCUACAAGAAACAAUAAAACUGACAAUAAUAGUAAAUAUAAAACAUACGUGCAAAUUAAUAAAAAAAUUAUCAAAAUGUACUAAAGGGAUAAAUUGUAUGCACAGAUUAAUGAACUAAACUAAAGAGAUAACAAAGAAAUGCGUCUGGUAUUCAGAUUAAAAGCAGGCAAAUGCUUAAAAGUAAUGCAGCAUUUAAGUCUAAUAGCAACUAAAUGAAAGCACAGACUCACAACGGGUGUCAUAAAAUAGUGAAAGUAUUACUAAUAUCCGGUAUUCAACGUUAGCCAUUGUACAAUUCUCUUUGACUGUUAAAGCACAAGAAACCUCUACUGGCCUGGACGUUAUCCCUGCAUGUUGUUGUAUUUUCACUAUUUGCCCGACUUUAAAUUUUUAAUCUGUGCUUUCCUUUAGUGAGUGUGAACAUUUUAUUAAUCUGUGCACAUCAGAUUUCCACAUCAUACGGCCCCCCCGCUCCUUGGCCUUCUGACCAAUCGGAGCAUCUGUGACGUUGAACAGAAGUCUUAAUAAAACACAGGACAGGAUUAAAAUGCAGUUUGUCUUUUAGUUCUAUAAACAUUUCAGAUGGAUUGAAUAUUUAAUCGAAGCUAAGUGGUGAAGCGCACUGCUAAAUGACCGGAUGUUAAGUCAGCUGUAGAAAAUGGCCGUGCUAGGACGUGAUCAUUCCUCCAAAACCAGGGCUGGUUAUCAUCAUCAGCUCGGUAUUUUCAGGAACAGUGCAGAUAAGAGACUGGAGGUGUGUUUUGGUACAAAGUCAUUUUCUUACUUGAUAAAAAGAAGCCAGAGAUCUGAAAUGUUAAGUUUUCUAAUUACUAAUAAAUAAAUGUAAAUGUCUGCAAGAACUUUGGCUAAAAUCAGAAAUCAGAGGAAAAAGUUAACAGGAUUAAGAAUCUUAACGAAACUUUUAGCACUUAAUGCUACGGAUAUAUCUUAGUCUUUACCCCUAAAUAGUAGCUAGCACAGCUAAUAUUAGCUUGCUAGCUCUCUACACUUAGGCUGUCAAAACAGGCUAAACUGCUGUCUCAGAAGGUGUCUAACAGGACAGCGAGGCGCGAGUUCUGUUCCAAACGACUCCAACGAUCUCUUCCUGUCGCGUAAGACGCCUUCAAGCUGCCCCCGUAAUGGCUGGUUUUGGAGGCAGCAUCGAUGCUGACUUGAUGCUGCCUAUUACCCAUAAACCAGCACGGCUGUGGCCUCCAUAGCUUUGAAAACUGCUCAAGAUGGCGGAAAAACAAGCCGAAUUUGUUCACAAAUAUAAAAGGUUUUUAGUAGUUUUCUCGCUUCGAUUUUUGAAAAGCUAGCAAGAACUAAACACCAAGUUUGUUCAGUCUGAUUUCUGAGGCGUCUGGUAGCCAUUUGGCUUUUCAAUAGCUAGUUAGCUGAUGCUAAGGCUAGCGUCUCUAUUCUGACAGCCAGAAGAGACGCAAGACGGUGUGCCGAUGUCGCGCGUUGCUGUAAGAUCUGCCCUAGAAGGCUGUUUGAAACCGAUGUUAACAGAAAUGCCUUCAAUUGAAAGUGAUGCUUUCUGAGGCAACGAGGCAACUGGCUUCCGUUUCCGAACACAGCCCUAGUUUGCUAACAAAGGUUAGCUCGUUAGCAACAGAGAUCUGAGGUGUACACGUUGCAUUCAUGAAUGCUAUUUCUGCUAAUUCAAGUUAUAUUCAUGACCAGCUAAUGCUACCAUAACGCAGUCCCCAUUGUUGACAUUAGUAAUGUUGCUUAAUAACUUUUUUAUUGGUUUACCCACAGUAUCAAACUGGUUUUACUAGAUUAACGUAGUAGUUUCACUUUACAGUAAAAGUAAAGCCUCGUUAGCGGUGAAAGAAGACAGGGAGGAACAGACCCAACUCAAAAUUAGCUCAUUAGCUUACAAGCUAAUUCUAGCACAACUUGGCCUAUUUGUUGUUAAUCAAAACGAGAUAACUUUUUCCCUUCAUUUUAAUUUAAUGAAAACUCACAGAAGUCAGUUUGUACAUCGUUCAAGUUUAGCUAACCUACUAUGACUGUUUUUAACCAGUCAUAUUAUUUAUGCUGCUGUGAAAUGUUUGUAGAAUUAAAAAUUGUACCUGCUGUUUAAAUCUGGGUGCUAAAAGAAACAGAAAUAUGAUUUUAGCGGGAAGGUUUUUCUGCCAUUUGUUGUUACAAAACUCUUGAUGAUGCGAAACUGAACUCUGCCUUCAUUCGGAGACGUUGAUCCUCAGAUUACUGCCUUACUGUUGAUCAGAUGCCAAAAAAAAA